AUGGCCUCAGGACCAGACCACGAAAACCACUCCGAGGUUAAAGAGCUCCCAUUCCGCGCCAUCUCAGUUUCGACUAUAACUCCUGCCGAGGUGCAUGCCAUGUGGGUACAGGAGAUGCUGCUCUUCAAACGUGACAGGAUUUUUCCUAACAACGAGGCCGCGGCGUGGCGCAUUCAUCGAAUGCAGGCAUGGUAUUCCGAGGUGAACGGACGGCUCUACAAGCGAUCCUUCUCGCAACCUCUGCUGCGAUGCCUCGAGCCUGAUGAAGCGCAGGCGGUCUUGACCGAGGUCCACGAGGGAAUAUGCGGGGAGCAUAUUGCUGGUCGAACCUUGGCCUACAAAAUCCUUCGUCAAGGAUACUACUAG